AUGGUGAUUUAAUAUUAAAUCGAAAAAUAAUAUAGGCAAUCUUUUUUUUUGUAAUUCAAAGACAAUAAUUGGGGUAUUAUAUGUUUAUUCUAUUAUAAAUAGAAAUUUUGAUUCCGUUGCUAUUGAAAAAACCAUUUUUCAUUUUCUCAUUCAAUAGAGAAAUUAAUAUGUAUUAAACAAUAAUGAGUGCAUAAAAGGAAUUUUUCAAUUCAGAUAAACCUCUUACUACUUUCCUAUUUAAAUCUAAAGUAAAAUAGUAGACUCUAGAGGAAUACAUAAUAAAAAAAACUCGUAAUAAUGUAGAUAGAAAGCAAUCUUCUUGCAUAUUUAAUUAUCAGAUUGUUGUUGAAUACUAAAUGAAAAAGCUACAUAUUUCUGUAUUAUGUCUUAGAUUUGAAUAGUUGAUUUAUUCAAUUGUUAUUGAUUCAGAGGAUCCAUUAAUAAAUUAAACUAAUAUAAAAUUAAAUUAAUCUCUUUAGCAUUGUAGAAAUAUUCUGAAUGCUUAAUUAAUGCAAAUAAAUAAGGUCUUAGGUCUUUACUUAUAAGAUACUUUUAGUCCUUUGCUAAGAGAUUUAAGAAUAUCUUUAUUUGAACUUUAUUAUAAAUAAUUAUAAAGUCAGAAGUUACAAUUAGUAAAAAUGAAAAAGCUGUUGCUUAAAUGUUCUAAAAUAUUCGAAACUCCAAAUAAUAAAAUUAAAAUUGAUUGUGGUGAAGAAAUACAAUUUGCUACCAUAAAAUCUUCUUUAAUUAUUUUUAUAUUUGAAAUUUUCAAAUAAAUUUAAAUAAAUCAGCAUGUAUAUAUAUUUAUUAAUCAAAAAAAAACGACAACAAUGUUUAUCUAUGGAUUAAAAUAAUUACCAGAUACUGUAUAAUUCAAAAGAUGUUUGUAAACCUUAAUUGAUUAGACAAACUGUACAGCUUAAUGUAUGAUUUUAUUUUAUAAGCAAGAUUUUUCUUUUGAAUUUUAAAAAUCUCCGUCUUCUCAUUUUCAUUUUGAGAAUAAUGAUAUAUUUUAAUAAUUAUUAUGA